UACUCCAAAGGAAUACAAUGCAAUAUUCGGAUCAUGUUUUCCCCACUAGAUAUCUAAAUACGCACAACAUUUUUUAUUUUUCCAUUCGGUUUUGCGGUUUGCUUCGAUAGUGAUUUGGUGCGCGAGUGACUGGCUGCAGUGGAGCCGUACAUUCAACACAAGCGCGACACUUGGCGAUGAAGCUGAAACCACCAGCUACAGAAGCGUAAUCUCUUACAUUGCCAAAAUUACGGGCGGAAUUAAAUACAACUCUCUGUCUCCGGCCUCUCAAAGGAGAGACAGGAGGUUCAUCAUGUCUGCUAAAGAGAGACUAAAAGGGAAGGUGACCAAAGACAGCGUCACCUUGCUGCCUUGUUUCUAUUUCGUUGAGCUCCCGAUCAUGGCUUCCUCUGUGGUCAGCCUGUAUUUCCUGGAGCUGACCGACGUGUUCAAACCGGUGCGGUUGGGCUACAGCUGCAAUGACCGCAGUCUGAGCAUGCCCUACAUCAGGCCCGCUGAGGAAGUCAUCCCUUUCCUCAUGCUCUUCAGCCUGGCCUUCGCUGGACCUACAGCUACGAUAAUGAUAGGAGAAGGUAUCCUGUAUUGCUGUCUGUCUAGGAGAAAGACUGGGGUCAAAACAGAGGCCAAUAUCAAUGCAGCCGGCUGCAAUUUCAACUCGUACAUACGGCGUGCUGUUCGGUUUGUUGGGGUCCACGUAUUUGGACUGUGCCUCACGGCUCUCAUCACUGAUGUCAUCCAGCUGUCGACGGGCUACCACGCCCCAUACUUCCUGACAGUGUGUAAACCCAAUUACACCACGCUCAACUUGACCUGUGACGACAGCUCCUUCAUCACAGAGGACUUCUGUUCUGGAGGAGCAGACCCAGCCAUCAUCAACGCUGGCAGGAAGUCCUUUCCCUCGCAGCAUGCCACUCUGGCCGCCUUCGCUGCUGUCUACGUCUCUAUGUACUUCAACGCUACACUGACGGACUCCUCCAAGCUGCUGAAGCCCCUGCUGGUCUUCACCUUCAUUAUGGGUGGCAUCAUCUGUGGCCUGACCCGCAUCAUCCAGUUCAAGAACCACGCCAUCGACGUCUACUGUGGCUUCCUCAUCGGAGGCGGGAUCGCCGUCUACCUGGGUCUGUAUGCAGUGGGUAACUUCCAGCCUACUCGGGACACGUCCAGACAGCAGCCCCAGCCUCCCCCGCUCCGCGAGCCCCCCAGGAGCAACACCGUGCCCAACGUCAGCCAGAGCGCAGGGCGCCACCUGCAGCCCAACAGCCUCAACAGCAUGAACAGCCUGAACAGCAUCAGCACCACCGAUAGCCUCACCGCCGCCCGUCCCGCGACCCUCCUGACCCGGGUCCCCUCCUGCCGCGAGUCCAGCUCCCUGAACAACCUGAAGAGGGCCAGUGCUGAUGUGGAGUGCAUCACCUCGUCAAGCACGCUGUGUAAACAGGACAGCCUGGUGACCUUUAACAGUAGCACGUUACCCAGGUCGCACGGCGGCUCGCUCCCCGAAGAGCACCGGGUCCCACGCCGCCACGCGAGCAUCCACGCCUCCAUGGACUCCACGCGCUCCAAGCAGCUGCUGUCGCAGUGGAAGAGCAAGAACGAGAACCGCAAGUUCUCACUGCAGGUGAUGGACAGUGGGGUGGUGGUGGGUCGCCACCAUUCAACAUCCUCCUCCUCGCCCCAGAGGACCAUGGAGCUGAGGUGCAGCUCUGAGCCGUCCGCCAUGGGCCUGGAGGCGGAGCUCCGUGCUCAGGGCCACAUCCCCGCCCAGUACAUGAAGCUAGCAGCUAGCAUCAUGCCGCUGUCCAACCACCUCCCCCACAAUGGGGGCAGCAGCGGCCUGGCCGCGGGGGCCCGCGUCUCCAUCCAGUCCCGGCCAGGCUCCUCCCAGCUGGUCCACAUCCCAGAGGAGACCCAGGAGCACAACAGCAGCACCUCCACCAGGGAGGAUGAGGAUGACGAGGACAGAGAGGAUAGCUAUGUCGGCGGUGGGAUCCCUGGCGGCGGAGGCUCGGCGCGCUCCAAGUGGCUGAAAGUGGCCAAAGAGGGCGCCCUGUGCAGGACUAACAGCCUAACUAACCAGCCGCGCAUCAUGCAGGUCAUCACCGUGUCCAAGCAGCAGGGUCUGCUCCAGCACGGCAGCCCCAAGAGCUCUGAGGACGGUAGUGUGGUCAGCUGCACAGGCUCCAUCCAUUACAAGGCCCUGACGGACCAGGAGCCCGGCCAGGGCAUCGUAAGGGUGGAGGCCCACCCGGAAAACAAGCCUGUGAUCAAGCCUCCGGACGGCAGUGGCUCCUGGAGGUGGAAGCCGCAGGAGCAACGGGGUAGCAUCCGCCAGUCCUUUGAGCUCAACGACCUCAACCGCGACUCGGAGAGCUGCGACUCACUCAAGGACGGCUACGGCUCCAUCGACGGGAGGAUGAGUCAGACGGGUACGGACACUGGCAGCGAGCGUGGCGGUGGGGGAGGAGGUCACCCCUACGUGCACCACCCACACUACCACCACCACCACCACCACCCCCACCAGGGCAUCACCACCAUCCGUGUGACCCCUGUGGAGGGACUAAGUGGAGAGGGCAGCGAGGCCGCCUCCGAGACCCUUUCCAUUGCCUCCAGUCGGGAGUCCACCCUGCGGAGGAAGGGCAAAAUCAUCCUGCUCCCGGAUAGAGGUCCAAGUCCGGACAACUCCAGGAACUAUUUCAAAGGGGCCUCCCCCCACACCGCCCCCCACCCUGGGUCUGGCAUAUAGGGAGUGAACAGCUGCACAGUCAGCACUUAUUCUUACCAUUCCCCCUUACUGCCCAUGUGGUGGUCCUAUCUGCCCCCCCCCCCCAUGAGUGGCCUUCUACACUGGAUCUAGUCUGGAUCCCACAACAAGACCAAUGAGAACAUUCAGCUCAUAAACGGCUGUAUAUUAUCAAACCCGUCAUGGAUUCAGUGGAGUUUGCUGGGCUGGAUAAAUUGUCCAAUGGUCAUAUAGUUCAUUAGAGCUAUCUUAGUGUGUCUGGUCCAGGAAGGCCACUGUACAGUACAUAGGGGUUUCUCCAUUACUCAAUAAUCUGAUCAUUCUUCAUUUUUCGCAGUUGUUUUACUGUUAGACCUUGUUUGAUAGGACCGGGGCUACCUUUAUUGGUGUGUGUUCUUUGAGAAAAUGAAACUAUAGCAGGCACAAUAAUUCCUUUAAGAAUGCAGGAGACGCUGGAUAAUCGCCACAAGGUCAUUUUGCGCACACUUUUCAAGCCUCCUUUCAUUACAUUAACUUUGAUCCAUUUGAGAAGCACAACUUCUUAACUCUUUUUAUAUAGUGGCUAUAGUGGUUUGAACUAGGAAUUUGAUACUAUUUUGUUAUCACCCGGCAAGAGCCUUCGAUGGCAAUAAACCGUGCAAGUUGUUUAUUAAGGGUGCGUUCGGAAAUUCUCUCCGGAGUGCCAGAGGGUUGUCAGAUUGUCUGUUUGUACAUUCAGAGCGUUUCACUCUCGGAGCGCUCAGGGCGCACACUGGACGCUCUGGCCGAGGAGUAGAGUUGACAGUCAACGGCAGUCAAUCACCCAACCUAACUGGCUAAAGUUAGCUAGCUCGCUAGCUACUUCCAGACAUGAAUGAGAGAACAGCUCAGUCUGACCAUUUUACUCACCCUAGCAGAGCUGGUUAGGCUGUUUAUGUUAUCCAGAGCGUUGGUGACUGUAACUGUGCUGCUGCCAACAAUUUACUAAUGCUUUUUUUUGCCUAUGUUUACUGAUACUGGCCAUUUUCAACAGCUGUUGAGCGUUCGUACAUUCAUCAGUUAUUCUGCUCUCUGGCACACUCAGACGAGAGUGCUCUGAAAUCUGAGUAGAUAGCCAGAGUGAAUUUUAUGAACACACCCAAAGUUGAUAGACAUGAUGUUUUGUAGGCUUUUUCCAUUGACGAUCUGUUCUCUUUCUCAGCAUAUUAAUAUCCCUGUGUAAUGUGACUGUCAUAGUGUGUUGCACUGCAUAGCAACUGCAUAGUAAAUGCAUAGCAACUCUAGAGGUGCUUUUCAUAAUACAACUUUCAUACAUAUAGUACUCUGACAAUUGUGAAAAUAAAUGUUUCUAUUUUUUUGCUAUGUACUGUACAUAUUUAUAGUACUCUGAUUGUGCUGCCAGCAAUAUUCACAUGUCCUCAUUUGCUUUUUGCUAAUUAUUGAUAGUCUAUUUUACCAGAGAUGUGUUUAUUCAAGUUGUUGUUUUUGGAACUUUAGCAGGAUAUGCAUUGAUUUGGCAGAUGAUUUAUAAAAGAGCGAUGUUUUGAGAAAUCACCAAAUGUUAUCACCGGGGUUAGAAAUCCCAGUAACUCUCCCAAAAUCCCCAGGUGUUUCAGAAGUCGUGAGUGAAUUUCCUCCAGACGCUGGGAUUCUUACAACCGGGAUUUCUGGAAACCAGUAUGUCAUGCUUCUUUUUUUUUUUAGCUCACAGUGGUAUACGGUGGCAAAUACUGUAUAUUAAUAGACGAACAGGGGCAGUGGAUACAGUGUGUAAGAUAAUUGAUUAGUAGGGGCAGUGGGUUAACUAUGUAAGAUAAUUGAUUAGUAGGGGCAGUGGGUUAACUAUGUAAGAUAAUUGAAUAGUAGGGGCAGUGGGUUAACUAUGUAAGAUAAUUGAAUAGUAGGGGCAGUGGGUUAACUAUGUAAGAUAAUUGAUUAGUAGGGGCAGUGGGUUAACUAUGUAAGAUAAUUGAAUAGUAGGGGCAGUGGGUUAACUAUGUAAGAUAAUUGAAUAGUAGGGGCAGUGGGUUAACUAUGUAAGAUAAUUGAAUAGUAGGGGCAGUGGGUUAACUAUGUAAGAUAAUUGAAUAGUAGGGGCAGUGGGUUAACUAUGUAAGAUAAUUGAAUAGUAGGGGCAGUGGGUUAACUAUGUAAGAUAAUUGAAUAGUAGGGGCAGUGGGUUAACUAUGUAAGAUAAUUGAAUAGUAGGGGCAGUGGGUUAACUAUGUAAGAUAAUUGAAUAGUAGGGGCAGUGGGUUAACUAUGUAAGAUAAUUGAAUAGUAGGGGCAGUGGGUUAACUAUGUAAGAUAAUUGCUUACUAGGAGCCUUAAUUUAAAAAAAACAUUUCUUAAAGAUGGGAAUUUCAAGAAGGUCUUUGUGUCCUUUGUUGCCUUUUAAAAUAAGUAUACUAAUAAGUAUUUGUGGGUUUUGAUAAACAUUUUGAUAAAGUACCCUUUUUCCUAUCAGCUCAUAUAUCCAACUAAAAUCUAUAACUGCUGUACAUGUUGUGAAUGCUACUCACUUUGCGCUCAAUUCAUUUUCAAGUAAAUGUAUCUAUUGAUGAGUGCCAUAGAAAGGAAACCACUCUCGGGAGAGGCUUCUCUUCCCAACCCAUUGCUAUGCGCACACAAAUUGGUCUAAUUAUCCGGUUGAUUUUCCAGAUUGGACAAUGUGACAGCCAAGCCUGUGCUGUGGACUUUGGUUGUACUGUUAGAUUAAAUGAAAUCAUACAUUAGUCUCCCUUGGGCUAUAAUGUACAGUGUACGAGUCAUGACUGAAGCCCUGUUUAUACCUAGUUCUAACAUGCGUCCUUUCUUGAUCUUGUUCACAUUCUGACUGUGCAUUGUGAUUGGAUUGUGAUCAUAUCUUUCAGCCCACAUCCGGAGGUAGUCAGGUACACAUAGGUAGUCAGGCACACAAGUAUAGACAGAUGUGGACAGUUCAACAAUUUUAAAUCAUCGUUAUCUCGCCCUUUAAAAUCAUUGACAGAUGGCACCAUUGAUUUAUGUCAAUAUGUGUCUUAAAAUAAAUAAAUAUUAUUUUGAAAGAAUAGCAGUCAAAUAAUUUACAUACAGGGAGGAACCAGGAAAUCUGGAAAUCAAUGCAGACACAGUGGACGGAUUAGGCUUUUCACAUCGGAUAUUUUUCAGAGGUGAUCUGAUUUGUCAAAAGACCAAUUUGUGAAACAAAGAUCAGAACUGGGCUACCUGUGUAAAUGCAGCCUAUGAGACAUUUUAAUACCACAUUAGAUACAUUUCUGAAAAUGUGGGCACAAUCAGAGUGUGGGCAAGAUCAGCACAAAGAACGCAUGUUAGCGCCAGGUAUAAACAAGUCUUGAGAGACGAGGUUGUGUAAUGCCAAUACCAUCCCUCUCCCUCCCACAAGAGGAAUAGUAAACAAGUGAGUCAUAAUCGGUCAAAAGCAAGUUUAUUAUAGUAAACUAAAACUGAAACUAAAACUAAUCAUGAAAAAACAAUUUAGUAAAACAAAAUUAUUAACAAACCUGUUUGAAAAACUAAAACUAUACUGAAACUAUUAUCUUUGACUCCAAAACUAACUAAAAUAAAGUGUAAUGAAUUAUGUCCAGUUUUAUAUUUUUUAUUUUUUUACAAACAAAUGUUUGUUAAAUGCGGUUUUCAAGCUUUUGAAUCUGGUGGGUAAAUGCGUCCAGGAGAUGGCGACGUUUCAAAUAGGCCUAGUUUGUGAAUCGCUACAGAGAGGAAGAGGCGAAGCGAGAGGCUUGACUCUACCCCAAAAUCUGCCCAUGCGGAGAAAAAAACAGGCAGAAGCAGAGGAAGUGGGGAUUUCUUUGUAUGCAGCUGUCAAAUUUGGUCAAAACACAUUUGAAUUGCUAAUUUGCUGUGUGAGGCGUAUUUGAUCGAAUAGCCGUAAUGUUUAAGUGGACUCACGUGGAAUUCCGACAACUUGGAGAAAAACAAUUUUGCAGUGAUGAAAAAAGUACCCAGUAGUCAUACUUGAGUAAAAGUAAAGAUACCUUAAUAGAAAAUGACUCACAUAAAAGUGAAAUGGUGGUGGAUCUUUGAUGUAAUGGGGCUAUUUUGCUUUCACUGGUCCUGCGACUCUUGUUAAGGUCAACGGCAUCAUGGCAUCAUUUAGCCAAAAGCCUGGUUGUCUCUGCCUGGAUGCUGAAACUUGGCCACAAGUGGAUCUUCUAGCAAGACAAUUACCCCAAGCACACAUCAAAAUCCAGAAAGAAGCAGUCCAUAAGCACAGACAAAAUAUCAAGGAUCUGGAAGGAUUCUGUAUGGAGGAGUGGUCUGAGGUCCCUCCUGAUGUGUUCUCCAACUCAUAAAAUAUUUUAGAAAAAGGAUCAGAGUCAUAAUCUUCGAACACUAUCACUAGCUAUCACUAGCUAUCACUAGCUAAAAAUAGUCUAGGUAAUUUGAUUCUUCUUACAUGUACAGUACUACUAAAUGUAAAAAGCACUGGUGUAAACAUACUCUAGAGAAAGUUUCCUAUCACCAUAUGUUUUGCUAUUCCAGAUCUUUCGCUAUUGCUUUUUUUACAUUGAGAUUGAUUUAAUAAUUUCUAAUAAUUUUAUUUAAUAAUUUAAAACUAACCUAUGACCUUAAAAGUCACCUUAUGUAUAACUGCCUCCCAGUUGCAAGAAGACGACAUCCCAAAAAACACCCCCAAAAAACUAUGCAACACAAAUGGCUCCAAGCCUCCCAUGCAUGCUGUCUGUCCCUAACACUAAAACUGAAACUAAGGGCUCUAUUAAAUCCAUAGCGCUGAAGAUCCGCUAUACAGCGUGAUUGACAAUUUAAGGCAACGUUCCCCGCGGGCGCGGUGACUGCAUUCACUGUAAACGUUGCAUAUGUCGGCUCAAUCGGAAAUUACCUUUACAUUUUAAUGCAGAUCUUCGGCGACACUCUGGCGAUACGGAUUGAAUCCAGCACUAAAUAAUAUCAAAACAAAAUAUAAAUAUUUUUAUACAACUCAAAACUAAAUCAAAACGAAUCAGGUCGGAAAACGAACUGAAACUAAGCCGAAUUUCAAAUAAAAAUGUCAAAACGGAUAUAAAUAAAAGUGAAUAUUAAAAACACAACUAUUACAACCUAGAUCUAAAGUACAGAAGUGAAAAAAUAACGUUACUUUCACUAACACUGGUUAGUGGCACUGUAACUAUCACACCUGAUCUAUAUGUGUGUGACAUGCUGCCACUGAACAAGACAAUUGUUCAAGGACAAAUAAUCAAUGAUUUAUAUCCAGUUUGUUGUGUAUUAAGGUAGAACCAUUCAGCAAUCUAUAAAUGUACGUAGGGCGUGUAUAGUACGUAUAUUAUAGUAGGCUGAUACCUUUACAAAACUGUGCCAAGAGCUUACUGCACAUAUACAGCAGGGGUCUCAAAGCCAUUUCGCCGGGGACCACGUUCUCUUUCAACAAGGUUAAAUCAAGGUCCGACCGCAUGAAAUACGUUUGUGGUCCGUGGGCCGCCAGUUUGAGACCCCUGACAUGAGUGUUAUGCGUAUAGAACACUAUCUACUCAUGAAGUAACAUGAGAUAUCUACCACAGUAUCAUUUAGUUUUUUGUUUUACAGUGGUCAUGAUAUGUCGGUCGCAUUUGGAUUGCCAAGAUAAGGAAUGUAAUUCAGUUUGUUUGUGUCUGUACACAAUAAUAUGAACGUAAGAUGUAUUAAAUGAAGAUAUUGUUAAAAAUGUCCGUCGAUAAUCACGUUUUCUUUUUUUUCUUUUUUGUGUGUUUUUCUUUUCAGUGACACUGAAUUGAUAUUAUAUAAAUAUUCUACAUAUUUUUUAUGUCUCAAAGGGUAUAUUGGAGGUGACAGCUUAAGGGGAAAAUGUUUCAUAUUUGCCUGUAUACUUUCAUGAUGGCUUUAAACUGUGGUCAUAUCUGCAUGGUCAUUUUGAUAUCUACUGUAUCUAAAGGCUUAUCUUUUUGUAUAUGACACCUUUUGAAAGUUCUGGCUGGUACCUUGAUUUAUACCUACUCUAUUGAUCAAUCAAUCAACCAAUUGAUUAACUCUGAAUUAUUUAUAUCACUGUAAAUACAAUAUUUGUAACUUUGCCAUGCAGACAAUGUUGUUAGGAAAGCAUAUCUACAGAAAUAAAAUCAUGUUUGGCAGAAGAAGAUGUUUUGAUGUUUAAUAGACUGAGGAUGCAUUUGUACAGAGUUGAGAGCAUAGAAAUGGAAUUUAUAAUAAUCUAGUCAUUCUAUUUCUAUGGUCGAACUGUCAGUUGGCUUUAUUAUACAUCUGCAAACGUUGGCCAGUGCACAUUCAGAACAGAUGUGGUGAUUGGCAGAUAGCUUUGUGGCUAGCGAAACAGAAGCCUCAGUCAGAAGUCGUUCUUAUUUAGAGGGUCGAAUUCCAAUCAUUGUGUAUAAUGAUACCACCAGACAUACUCUGUAUUCCACAUUCUAAAUACACUCUGUAUUUCACUAUUCUAUGGAGUUGACUAUGUCUAAAUAUUGAAAUAAAUGUUUGAUUAUCAAACUAGA